AUGGUUCUAUUCAAGCUCAUUCUUUCUCUUGGCCUCAUUCUCGCAAUGACCGUCGAUGCCAUUCCCACCCCAGGCAACAAUCCCCACUCGAACGAACUGCCUGGCUGUGGAGAGGUGAAUGUUAUCUUGACUGGUCUUCCUCCGUACCAUCCACUUGUCAUAGCACAGGGCCAUGAUCCGAAUGGGACAGAUGCUUCGCUUCGUGAGAGUGCCGCGAUGGCCAUUGAGGCUGGGUAUAACGUCCGAUUCUCGUUUAUGGGCCCGGAGAAGCCAUUGAGUCUCCUCGAAGACCGCAUGGAAGGGAUUGACUGGGCUGGAACCGGAGUGGGCAUGGGAAUUCGAGGCUCUGGGAUCCCCGAGCUCGUCGUUCGCCUAGAAGACAUCAUCCAAACCUACCGAGAUGUGACACCAGAUGCAUUCAUCUACUUCAACUACAUGCCAAACACGACUCUUUGGGCCAUUCAACGCCGCUUCCCCCUUUCCAGCAACUGCACAGAUUCUCCUGGAAAGGACUUGGUAGGACUUGACCCAGAUUUUCUUGUCAUGACCUCGUAA